CAUCUGAGAUAGGGACAGGUGCAUAUGACAUUUAAACGGGAACCUUGCGUAAAUUAUGGUAGCUUUUCAAUUGCAUUGAUUUGUCUCCGACCAGGUUGCUCCACACAACACUGUCAAAAGGUUGUCAUGACAAGAUAACGGGUCUUAGAUCAAAAUACCUGCAAAUGCCAUCAGUUUACGCACAGAAAGCAGGCAGGGCUAGCUAGCUGAGGCGUUCAAAUGCGACAGGCUGACUGUCUGCCCGUCCGUGUACUGCAAAACACAGUGAUUUAGCCUAGACCGUUUCUCACAGUAGAACACUUGCAACAUAAACUGUAUUACCAUCAACACACUGCUCUGUGGAUAUGCAUUGCCAAAUCGCCAUAGCUGUCACAAUCUGGGCGGCUGUAUUUGUGGAGGCGAGGAAGAUCCGAGGCAUCUCCAUGUCAUACAAGAGAUUCUACAAAGAGAGAAAGUCGUUCGUUUGCAUAGACGGCUCGAGGCUCAUUCCAUUUGAGCAAGUGAAUGACGACUAUUGCGACUGCGCAGACGGGUCUGAUGAACCUGGGACGGCAGCCUGCUCCAACGGCCGUUUCUACUGCACCAAUCUGGGCUUCAGGCCGGAAUACAUCCCCUCCUCCAGGGUCAACGAUGGCAUCUGCGAUUGCUGUGAUGGUUCUGAGGAGUACAACAGCCCAGUCCAAUGCCAAGAUACAUGCAGGAAUCUGGGCCAGCGAGAGCGAUUGGAGAUGGAGGAGAGGAGGAGAAUGUUGAGCGAAGGGGCAGACGUCUGGCGAGACAAACAGGCGGAGUUGGCUAACCUGCGCGGCGUGGCCAAUAGCAUGCUAGCACAGCUGGAGCUGCAGAGACACAGGAAGAGCCAGGCAGAGGCACACAGGCACGAGGUGCUCAUGGCAGCCAGAGGCUUUAGGACGCCAUCACCGUUGGACAGCAGAGGACCGGGGCCAGGGGAAACAGAGAGGGUGGCUGAGGAAGGAGAGGACGGGAAGACAGAACAGGAGCCUGCAGCAGCACACAUAGAGUAUUCACCAACCCAGGAUGAGAGAGGAGAGGACCCUGUUGAAGAAGACCCGGACGUGAAAGCUGCCGUCCAAGCUGCUGAAGCUGCAGGGUCAGACCUGAGGAAAGCUGAGAUGGAAUACCAACAACUACAGUAUGACAUCAGGGAGUUGGAGGACAGGCUGGCUAUUGACUUCGGUCGGCAGAGAGAGUUCCUCUUCUUGUUGGGGCGAUGUUUCGAGAGCACAGCAAACGAGUACUCCUAUACUCUCUGCCCCUUCCACCAAGUCACCCAGAAGAGCCGUGCAGGGACUGAAGUCCUAUUAGGGACGUGGGACUCCUGGGUGGGUACCCCUGAGAACCCUUUUAACUUUGACGUGGGACUCCUGGGUGGGCACUCCUGA